AUGGAGAGGAAGGAGGUUCCAAAUUUGACCCGCAACGGAACCAAUCUUGUGCUUCCAACAAAGGAAUCCGUCCCACAAUUCAAGCGAGCCAGGACUUCCAGGAAGGAAGAGAUCGCUACUCAUUGGGACGGACGGAUCUCCAAGCCUGCUCGAGCGAGAGAGGAGCAGCAGCCGUCUGUGGAGGAUCCAGAGGAGAGGAGGACUACGGCAGGGUGGAACCGGGCGAAAGGAGGGUUCGGCGGUGCCGGGUUAGAUGCCCCCCACCACCACCAACGUAGACGAAGAUGA